AUGGGACUUUAUACCGUAUUACAUAAAGUUAUAUCAACUUUAGGCGGAUUACUUUUAAUACUUUAUCAGUUGUCAAAAAUUGAUCAAAAUGAUAUGGCACUAUCAAAUCUCAAGAAAUAUAUGUUCGACACCCCAUAUGUAGAAUUUUCAAAUUUCAUUUUAUUGAGUUGUUCAUAUUUAUUAUUAAAUAUACUUGGCUCCCAAAAAAAUAAAAUAGCAAUCAAUUUAAAAGGGAUUUUGGGAUGUUUUUUAUCAACUUAUGUCUUUAUGCUUUUCAUACAACAAUUUUAUACUUGUUACGGAAUUUACAUGUCAGAAAUGCUAGUAGCAAAGGAGAAUUUUUAUCUUUGUAUUUAUUUGAUGGUUUAUUUUUCUGCACUCUGUGCUGAAUCAAGUUCUAAUAUGUCAAAUAAAAAAAAGUAUCUUAUGGGAAAUGGCAAAACGAUAAAUGUAGAAGUAUAA